GUUCUCGCACGCUGAACUACAGUCAUGUCCUCUCCUUCUGAUCUGCCGCUAGAGACUUUGCAGGGAGCAGCGAGAAGCCCCAGCAUUGAGGAGGAAGAUGAGUUUGACGAAGAGCUGGAGGAGACUUUAUCAGAGAGGCUCUGGGGACUGACAGAAAUGUUCCCUGAAAGUCUCAGAACUGUGGCCGGUGUAUCGCUCAACUUCUCCGUUGGUGCUAGCAAGAAGUUGUACAGCUUUUCCCGUUCUGCAUUGUGGAUAGGAAUGACUUCAUUUAUGAUCCUGGUUUUGCCAGUAGUGUUUGAAACAGAGAAACUGCAAAUGGAGCAGCAACAACAGCUACAGCAAAGACAGAUACUCUUAGGUCCUUCUACUGGAAUGUCUGGUCCUCUUCCUCCACUUCCAGGAAAAGUGUAGGAUACAAGCACCUUAGUCAUUUGAAAAUUUUCUUUACUUUUUUUUUAUAUGUUUGAUUAUUUUGAUGGUUAGAGAAAACAUGGAAGACCAGUCUCCUUGGCCAUCAUCAACCUCCUUCAGUGCUGUGCAUGAAAUUCAUCUCAUCUGUGAACUUGCUCUUUCAAAAUGAAAAGGGUCAGAAUCAUACAUGAUUUUCUGCAUUGAUAAGUAAGAAGUUUGUACUGGAACGUUGUGAGCUGCUCUCUCUCUGUAACAGAUGUUGUGACUCUGGGGGUGGAAAGGAAAAUACCGAUUAGAUGGCCACACUUCCAUUGUGGAUAACAUGCAGACAAGUGGCUGUUAAUAAAAUUGUUUCUUUCCUCUUA